ACCGCGUAAACACGUUAACAGGACGACAAAAAAAAUUAAUUUUUCAUAAAUUAAAUAAAUUAUUAAUGUAUUUUUUAAUGCCGUCAUAGUUUAUUAACUGAUAAUUAAUGUAAAAAUAAUUUUAAUUAAUUUAAUUAUUUUUUUUUUUUAUCAUAAAAAAAUAAAAAUUAAUUUCUUUUGGAUUAUAACCUAUACUAUUUAAUUAAAUGACUUGAUGGCUUUUUCACAACCUAAUUCACGAGAAUUACAAAAUAGAAAAAUAUUGGAAGAAUUGCAGUUAAAAAAACAGAUGUUAUUGAAGCAAGGUGUUGCACCAACACUAGGUACAUCAUUAAAUACACCACCGACGUCAUCAGCAUCUAAUUUAGCAACACCAACAAAUGAUGGAGUAACAAUGAAUGCAAGUCAACGUGCAGCGCUACAUAAUGCUCAUGCUGCAUCAUUUGGUUACUUUGUAACACAAGACUCAUCAUUUGGAAAUUUAAUACUUCCCGUAUUACCUCGAUUUGAUGCAAAAUAA